GCCCUUUUAAAUUUGCUUCCUGAAAGCGCCUAUUUAGAAGCCAAAAAAAAAAGAAAAGAUACAGGACAGUAGAACGUUGGAGAAACCUCCCUGCCUCCUUCCUUAAUCUUUCCUUCAUAGGUGAACAGAACAGAACAGGGUUGUCGAUACUUUUAUGCGGUUUUGCUAAAUUCACUAGCCUGUUCUCCUGUGACCCAAGAAAGAAUCAUUUACUGGUAGGUUUUCUCCAACAAUUAAUAAACAGAAGUGUAAAAACUGUGUUAAUGUUGAUUGAUCUCAAUUGGGUUUUGUUUAUUUGGUCAUUGGGUUAGCAUUAUAAAAGGGUUAUGAGAAUUCUGUACUGUUUGAUUGAAAAGUUUUGAUUUUGAGACAAGGGUUUGGAUUUUUUGGUCUGGGAUUGAUUGGAUUGUUGUUCUUGCUGGUUUGGCUGAGGUUAUUGGAUCUGGUUUUUUAUUUUGGAUUGGUAGUGUUUGAUAGAAGUGGUUAUCUUGGAAUGAUUGUUGGUGGGUUUGUGAUAGAUCCAUGGGAGAAUUGUCGUGAUUGAAGGGAUUUGAUUACUUGGUCUGGUGUGACUAGUUUCUUUGUGUUUGUUGAUGAAUAUUGUUAUUUUUGAAGAGGAGGAUCGGCUUGUGAACUUUCCCAAUUCGCUUCUGGGUGUUCUCAGGCCCUUGGAUUUACUUGUUGAACGAAAGGUCUUUUCUUUUUGUAUCCCUAGAGAUAGAUGGGAUAAGGAGUUUUUCAAGCUUCAGAGUGGAUAAUUACUAUUAUCACCAUCAUCCAUCUAAUUUUCAAAGGUUGUGAUUGUAUAAUUUUGGUUUGGAAAUUGGAAUUUUGGGGAAAUGAGUUCCUCGCAAGGGUCCACAUUGUCUUCUAAUGUCGCCGAGCUGGUUGAUGGUUCAUCUGCUCACAGGGACGUUUCUUUGCUUGAUGAUGUACCUGUUUAUGUGAAGGAGCUCAUUGCUGGUGGAACUGCUGGAGCAUUUGCUAAGACUGUCAUCGCACCACUUGAAAGAACUAAAAUACUCUUACAGACAAGAACUGAAGGGUUCCAAUCUCUUGGAGUGUUUCAGUCAUUGAAGAAACUAUUAAAGCAUGAGGGAAUCCUUGGCUUUUAUAAGGGGAAUGGAGCCAGUGUUAUUCGGAUUGUUCCUUAUGCGGCCUUGCAUUUCAUGACAUAUGAGCAAUAUCGUGUUUGGAUCUUGAAUAAUUGCCCUGCCCUUGGUACAGGGCCUGUGAUAGAUCUAUUAGCUGGUUCAGUGGCUGGAGGAACAGCUGUUUUAUGCACUUACCCUUUAGACCUGGCUCGUACUAAGCUUGCUUAUCAGGUUGUGGACUCAAGAGGGGGUUUCAGGCGUGGCAUGAAAAGUAUAUGUGCUCAGCCUGCUUAUAACGGCAUAAAAGAGGUACUUGCAAGUGUCUACAAGGAAGGGGGAAUGCGUGCAUUGUAUCGAGGAAUAGGUCCAACCCUUAUUGGAAUCCUCCCUUAUGCGGGUUUGAAGUUCUAUGUUUAUGAGGAACUUAAGAGACAUGUCCCUGAAGAGCACCAGUCCAUUGUGAUGCGUCUUUCAUGUGGAGCUAUUGCAGGGUUAUUUGGGCAGACAAUUACAUACCCAUUAGAUGUUGUUAGAAGACAGAUGCAGGUUGAGAAUUUACAACCUUUAAGUCAAGGUAAUGCAAGAUACAGGAACACAUUUGAAGGGCUUUCUACUAUAGUACGCAAUCAAGGAUGGAAACAGUUAUUUGCUGGGCUGAGCAUUAAUUAUAUCAAGAUCGUUCCUUCUGUGGCAAUUGGCUUCGCUGCAUAUGACACGAUGAAGGUCUGGCUUCGGAUUCCGCCUCGACAGAAAUCUCAAUCAAUAUCUCCUGGAUAAAUCUCCAGCUGACUAAGUUUCCAUUACAACUAUACAGUGCUCAACUAGUAAUUUUUCAUUGUUGUGAGACUUUAAGCAAGUUUGGAUAUUUGAUGCACGGGUAUAAGGUUUUCUAUGCGUGAUGCAUUUGAUUUUCAAGAUGAUUGUUGAGCCCAAUUUGGACUGAAUCAUUACUGGAAUCAAAAUUAGGUGACACUGCUGUCUUUAAGUCUUUAUAAAAUGUGCUUGUUUUA